CGGGUCCUGACGUCGGGCGCCCUCCGGCCGUCAAUCAGCGCUCGGCCCCGCCCCGCCGUCGCUGCAGCAGCAGCGCCGAGGCCGGAGGAGCAGCCGCCGCCCCCACCUCCCGGGACUCGGAACUCAGCUGCUCGGAGCCAUGGCCUCGGCCACCGCGGAGGCGGAGACCCGGCAGAGGCUGCUACGCACCGUCAAGAAGGAGGUGAAGCAGAUCAUGGAGGAGGCUGUGACACGCAAGUUUGUCCACGAAGACAGCAGCCACAUCAUCUCCUUCUGUGCGGCUGUGGAGGCUUGCGUCCUGCACGGGCUUCGGCGGCGGGCGGCCGGCUUCCUGCGCAGCAACAAGAUCGCAGCUCUCUUUAUGAAAGUGGGCAAGAGCUUCCCGCCGGCUGAGGAUCUGAGCCGCAAGGUGCAAGACCUGGAGCAGCUGAUCGAGAGCGCGAGAAACCAGAUCCAGGGCCUCCAGGAGAAUGUGCGGAAGCUGCCAAAGCUGCCCAACUUGUCCCCGCUUGCCAUCAAGCAUCUGUGGAUUCGCACGGCCUUGUUUGAGAAGGUCCUGGACAAAAUCGUGCAUUACCUUGUGGAAAACAGCAGUAAAUACUAUGAGAAGGAAGCUCUCCUGAUGGACCCUGUGGAUGGCCCCAUCCUUGCGUCUUUGUUGGUGGGGCCCUGUGCCCUAGAAUACACCAAGAUGAAGACUGCAGAUCACUUCUGGACCGACCCCUCGGCCGAUGAACUUGUCCAGAGGCACCGCAUUCACAGCUCCCACGUGCGGCAGGACUCGCCCACCAAGCGUCCUGCCCUCUGCAUCCAGAAGAGGCAUUCCAGUGGCAGCAUGGACGACCGGCCAUCUCUCUCUGCCCGCGACUACGUGGAGUCCCUGCAUCAGAACUCCCGUGCCACCCUGCUCUAUGGCAAAAACAACGUUCUGGUUCAGCCGAGAGACGACAUGGAGGCUGUGCCAGGGUACCUGUCCCUGCACCAGACGGCUGAUGUCAUGACCUUGAAGUGGACGCCCAAUCAGCUGAUGAACGGGUCUGUGGGGGACCUGGACUACGAGAAGAGCGUCUACUGGGACUAUGCCAUGACCAUCCGCUUGGAGGAGAUUGUCUACCUGCACUGCCACCAGCAAGUGGACAGCGGCGGGACGGUGGUAUUGGUCAGCCAGGACGGGAUCCAGAGGCCGCCCUUCCGCUUCCCCAAGGGUGGGCACCUCCUGCAGUUCCUCUCGUGCCUGGAGAAUGGGCUGCUCCCACAUGGGCAGUUGGACCCACCACUGUGGUCUCAGCGGGGGAAGGGCAAAGUGUUUCCUAAACUGCGCAAGCGAAGCCCUCAGAGUUCUGCCGAGUCCACAUCUUCAGACAAAGACGAUGACGAGGCCACGGAUUACGUGUUCAGGAUCAUCUACCCUGGCAUGCAGUCGGAAUUCGUCCCCCAGGAUCUGAUGGAUGUCUCUGUGAGCAAUCUCCCAUCCCUAUGGCAACCCAGUCCCCGGAAGUCCUCCUGUUCAUCCUGUUCACAGAGUGGCUCGGCUGAUGGUAGCUCAACCAAUGGCUGCAACCACGAGAGGGCUCCCCUGAAACUUCUCUGUGACAAUAUGAAGUACCAGAUCCUCUCCAGAGCCUUCUAUGGAUGGCUGGCCUACUGCAGACAUCUGUCCACCGUGAGGACCCACCUGUCAGCCCUGGUCAAUCACAGGAUCGUGUCUCGGAACUUGCCCUGCGAUGCUGGACAGGGGCUGACAGCCGGGAUCUGGGAGCAGCACCUUCAGGAUAGCACAAGUUACGAGGAGCAGGAGCUGCUGCGCCUCAUCUACUAUGGGGGCAUCCAGCCUGAGAUCCGCAAGGCUGUGUGGCCCUUCCUCCUGGGCCACUACCAGUUCGGGAUGACGGAAACAGAAAGGAAAGAGGUGGAUGAGCAGAUGCAUGCCUGCUACGCACAGACCAUGGCCGAGUGGCUGGGCUGCGAGGCGAUCGUGCGGCAGAGGGAGCGGGAGUCCCAUGCGGCCGCCCUGGCCAAAUGCUCAUCCGGGGCCAGCCUGGACAGCCACCUGCACCGGAUGAUGCACAGGGACUCAACCAUCAGCAACGAGUCCUCUCAGAGCUACAGUUCGGGCCACCAGAACAUCCGCCUACACAGUGACUCCAGCAGCAGCACACAGGUGUUUGAGUCUGUGGAUGAGGUGGAGCAGGUAGAGGCUGAAGGCAGAUUGGAGGAGAAACAGCCCAAGAUCCCCAAUGGGAACCUAGUGAACGGCACUUGUUCCCCAGACUCGGGUCAUCCUUCUUCGCAUAACUUCUCUUCGGGCUUCUCAGAGCACUCAGAGCCCAGUCUGAGCACAGAAGACAGUGUCCUGGAUGCCCAGCGGAACACCCCCCCAGUGCUGCGACCUGGGGAUGGCAGUGUGGAUGACAGACAGAGCAGCGAGGCCACCACAUCCCAGGAUGAGGCCCCCCGGGAGGAGCUGGCCGUGCAGGACAGCCUGGAGAGCGACCUCCUGGCCAACGAGAGCAUGGACGAGUUCAUGUCCAUCACGGGGAGCAUGGACGUGGCCCUGCCUGAAAAGGACAGUGUCGUGAUGGAGAGCUGGAGGGGCAGUGAGGCAGAGAAACGUGGCCAGGCGGACAGCGAGGACAACCUCUCGGAGGAGCCUGAGAUGGAGAGUCUCUUCCCUGCCCUGGCUUCUCUGGCUGUGACUACUUCUGCCAACGAGGUGUCCCCCGUGUCUUCCAGCGGCGUCACCUACUCUCCAGAGCUGCUGGACCUGUACACGGUGAACCUGCACCGCAUCGAGAAGGAUGUGCAGAGGUGCGACCGCAACUACUGGUACUUCACGCCCGCCAACUUGGAGAAGCUGCGUAACAUCAUGUGCAGUUACAUCUGGCAGCACAUUGAGAUUGGCUAUGUCCAAGGCAUGUGUGAUCUUCUGGCUCCACUGCUGGUCAUUCUGGAUGACGAGGCCCUUGCCUUCAGCUGCUUCACGGAACUCAUGAAGAGGAUGAACCAGAACUUCCCCCACGGAGGUGCCAUGGACACGCACUUUGCAAACAUGAGGUCGUUGAUCCAGGCUAGAGUACAGUGGCACAGUCUCAGCUCACUGCAACCUCUACCUCCCAGGUUCAAGCUGUUCUCCUGCCUCAGCCUCCCGAGUAGCUGGGAUAACAGGCACAUACCACCAUGCCCAGCUAAUUUUUGUAUUUUUAGUAGAGAUGAGGUUUCACCAUGUUGGCCAGGAUGGUCUCAGUCUCCUGACCUUGUGAUCCACCCACCUCAGCCUCUCAAAGUGCUGAAAUUGCAGAUCCUGGACUCAGAGUUGUUCGAGUUGAUGCAUCAGAACGGGGACUACACUCACUUCUACUUCUGCUACCGCUGGUUCCUGCUGGAUUUCAAGCGAGAACUCGUCUAUGAUGAUGUCUUCCUGGUCUGGGAGACCAUCUGGGCAGCCAAACACGUCUCCUCUGCACACUACGUCCUGUUCAUCGCGCUGGCUCUGGUGGAAGUCUACCGCGACAUCAUUUUGGAGAACAACAUGGAUUUCACAGACAUCAUCAAAUUCUUUAACGAAAUGGCCGAGCGACACAACACCAAGCAAGUCCUAAAGCUGGCGCGGGACCUCGUGUACAAGGUGCAGACUCUGAUCGAGAACAAGUGAGGGGCGCCUCACCCAGGCAGCCUCCGCCUAGCUGCCACCUGUUCCUCUGCUUCCUUUUCCUCCUGGCGGGACGGCCACCCCAGGAGCGGGGUCCUGGUGUCUGUUCACAAGCAUGGACUUCAGUCCAAAAAGAAACUACCCUGACUUUCACUUCUGGGCAGAUGGGGUGGAGGGAGUACCCCUUCAAUUCAGCCUUAUGUUUUCCUGUUUGACCAAAGAUUGCCCAAGUCUGGCGUUCCCCACUUACAGGAGGUGGGGCUUGGUGGUGGGGGAGGAAGCAUCUUUGUUUUUCUGAUGUCCAGAAUGACCUCUUCUUUUCCUAUCCCUCCAAACCGUCUUGUGAGAUGAGACCUGGGAGGGCAUUUCUUUUUGGAAAUCAAUGUAGAAGAGGUCUGUGGGGCGGCCUCUAUGCUGCUUUGCAAGGGGCCUUUGGAGAUGUUCUGGCCAUGCUAAAGAUUGACUUAGAGAUCGACCCUCCACCUCCACAUUGCUGAUAUUUGGGGCCAGGUGAUUCUUUUUGAGGGGACUGUCCCCUGCAUUGGAGGAUGCUGAGCAGCAUUUCUGGCAUCACCAGAUGCCAGUAGCAUCAUUCCCUACCCACACCCCCGGUUGUGACAACCCCCAAAAAUGUCUAGACAUUGCCAAGUGUUCCCUGCAGGCAAAAUUGGCCCCAUUUGAGAAUCACUGACUUGGAGGAGGGGCUACAAAGGUACUUCCUGCCCCAUUCUUCUGAUGCUAAGCCACCCUGGUCCUGAGGCCUCCCUCACUUUGAAAAGGCACACAGGAGGCCGGGUGCGGUGGCUCACACCUGUAACCCCAGCACUUUGAGAGGCCAAGGUGGGUGGAUCAUGAAGUCAGAAGUUUGAGACCAGCCUGGUCAAUGUAGUGAAACCCUGGCUCUACUAAAAAUACAAAAAAAAAAAAAAAAAAAAAAUUGGCUGAGUGCGGUGGCUCACGCCUAUGAUUCCAGCACUUUGGGAGGCUGAGGCAGGUUGAUCACGAGGUCAGGAGAUCAAGACCAUCCUGGCCAAACUCCAUCUCUACUAAAAAGACAAAAAUUAGCUGGACAUUGUGGUGUGUGCCUAUAGUCCCAGCUACCUGGGAGGCUGCAAUGGGAGAAUUGCUUAAACCCAGGAGGCAGAGGUUGCAGUGAGCCGAGAUCAUACCACUGCAUUCCAGCCUGGUGACAGAGUGAGACUCUGUCUCAAAAAUAUAUAUAUAUAUAUCUGGGCUUGGUGGUGGGCACCCUGUAAUCUCAGCUACUUGGGAGGCUGAGACAGGAGAAUAGCUUAAACCUGGUAGGCAGAGGCUGCAGUGAGCUGAGAUCAUGCCACUACACUCCAGCUCGAGUGGCAGUGCAAGAUGGUCUCAAAAAAAAGAGCAGGCCCACAGGAGUCCCUCCCUCAUCUCUCUUGAGAGUCUCGGAUUCCAUUUGUUGCAUUUUCUCCUUUUCUCUCCUCUGUCUGAUGCCAGGGGAUACUUCUUUUCUUCUUUUUCAAGAAAAGCAUCUCCCCACAUAGAUGGUGGGACCCAAAAAGUGUCCGUAGGCCUGAGACAGAGCUCUUUGGGAUCCUGCUCAGAGCCCCCCCAGGCGGGGCAGAGCCUACAUCCUGCUGCCAACUUGCAAGGAGAAACUGCCUCGCCUUCCAAGUAUUGGGUCUUGGAAAAGUGUGUGUUUUGUGAAAGCUACUUAGAGAAAAGGGCCACUUUUCUCUAAGUGCGGUUACUCAGAACAAAAGAGGAAAAGGAAGGCAGGGGUCGGCCAGGGUAGAGUGUGGUGUGUGUUUUCCUUGGGGAAUCCCUGCUGAUGAACUAGAUGCAGGGCUGUACUGGGUCUGGGAACAGUCCCCUCCAGGUCUUCACACGAGUGUCACCAAACCACGAACAGACCCGAAGUGAGUUUACUCUGCCUACAUCCUUUCGAUAGAGCAGUCUUGGUGCUCUUAUGUUCUGAGAAUGCACCUGGGAUCGGAGAAACCCGGCAAGCAUCAGAGAGAAAGGCUCUUCCCAAGAGACCUGCCACCUCUAUGGUGGUUAAAGAAUGACAGCUGGGGUUCUGUAGAGGGGAGAGCAUAGGUGAGGUAGCGUGGCGAAGCAUUUUCGGAGGGGCAUCUCAGUCCUCCAACCCUGAGUACACCGGGACAGAUAUGCAUCCUUGCCUUGUGUGCUUGUGAAGGCUGCUUUCUCCCAGCUGCAGCAACUUGAAGUGCACCUGAACCUCCGGCCUCUGCCCAGCCUCUGGUGCAGGGUGGACAGAGGUCUAGUCAGCCCCUCCUGAAGAGGGCUCCAUGGGAGACGCAAGGCUCCAGUAGCCUUCAUGGCUCCCAGCUCCUACCCCACUCCAGCAAAGCCGAAACGGGAGAUGGCAGCGUUCUGGCUGCCAUCAGAUUUGCGUCUCCCUGCCCUAGGUACCCCAGUUUCCCAGGACAGGAAGAAAUGUGCAAAAGGCCCCUCUGGAGAAAACUGUAUUUUGUCAUUCAGCUGUUUGCUACAGAGGAUGUUAUUUUAGCAAGAGCCAGGUCCCAGACCUUCUGAUUCCUAUUUAUUUUUUUAACAGACUAGUCUCAAAGUACAGCACAAAAUCUCUUCUCUGCCUUCUCUCGUGAUGUUCCAGAGGGCAUCCGUGGCUGUGAUUUGGCAUAAGUUGUAUUUAUUUGGUUUACUGUGCCUAUUUCAGAUCUCUGUACGUUGUGUGUGUUUCUGUGUCCUGGAUUGGAUGCGUGAGAGUUGUUUUGUCCAUGGAGUGCACUCUUUUAUUCAGUGUGGCCCACAUAUCUUGUAAGUGUUUGCUGAGGAGUUGUGUCUAUAUAGAGAGAAAAUAUAUAUAAACAGAGAAAUAUGUGAAUCCGUUA